GCAGAAGGAGGCUGCGCCCAUUCCAGGGAUAUCUUCUGUCUAAAGGAGGUCCCCUCACCAUGUGGCUGUACCUGGCGGUCCUUGUGGGCCUGUACUACCUCCUGCGCUGGUACCGGGAGAGGCAGGUGGUGAGCCACCUCCAGGACAAGUUCGUCUUCAUCACGGGCUGUGACUCGGGCUUCGGGAACCUGCUGGCCAGGCAGCUGCACCUGCGAGGCUUGAGGGUUCUGGCUGCAUGUCUGACGGAGCAGGGGGCCGAGCAGCUGAGGAACCAGACAUCAGACAGGUUGGAGACGGUGAUCCUGGACGUCACCAAGACUGAGAGCAUCGCUGCGGCCACUGAGUGGGUGAAGGAGCGUGUGGGGAACAGAGGGCUCUGGGGUCUGGUCAACAACGCAGGCGUUUUUCACCCGCAUGGCUACACUGAGUGGCUGAAGAUUGAGGCCUGUAUGGAUACCCUCAAAGUGAACCUCAUUGGUUUGAUAGAGGUGACCUUGAACAUGCUUCCCUUGGUAAGGAGAGCACAGGGGAGGAUUGUCAAUGUCUCCAGCAUUCUGGGAAGAAUUGCUUUCUUUGGAGGAGUCUACUCUUGCACCAAGUAUGGAGUGCAAGCCUUUUCAGAUAUUCUGAGGCGUGAGCUUCAACAUUUCGGGGUGAAAAUCAGCAUAAUUGAACCCGGCUACUUCAGAACAGGAAUGUCAGAUUUGCAGAAGUCCUCAGAGGCAGCGAAACAAGUCUGGAAAGAAGUCCCUGUGCAUAUUAAGGAGUCCUAUGGACAGAAGUUUUUUGAUACCUAUCACGAUCUCCUGAAACAAGGGAUGUUGAGUUGUAGCACAAACCUGAACCUGGUUACUGACUGUAUGGAACAUGCCCUGACAUCUGUUCAUCCCCGCACUCGAUACUCAGCUGGCUGGGAUGCUAAAUUUUUCUUCAUCCCUCUAUCUUAUUUACCUACAUCACUGGCAGACUACAUAUUGACUAGAUCUUGGCCCAAACCAGCCCAGGCAGUCUAAAGAAAACGGGUUGGUGGCUCUUGAAAUGAAGAAGACAAAAAUCUGACAUUGAUUGUUAGUGUCCCAAUAAUCUUUAUGUGUCAUCUAUACUUUUUGUAACAAUAAACUUUCUUGCCUAAACUCAUUUAUCUGGCACCAUCAGAGAACCAAUAGGUUUUUAUUCCAGAUAUCCAAAGCUUACACCUUUAGGUGAUAAAUCUUUACCAUUUUAACCAUCUUUUGAUGAUAGUAUUUCCAAAAUGCAUCAAUCUUCCUUGCCCUAUUAAACAGAGUAGACCAGAAACAAUUUAGCUUGUUUUGAUGUUAUUUUUUAAUGUAAAUGAAUAGCUGUUCUGUGCUGUGAUAAACUAUUGCUCAAGGA